AUGUCGAAUGCGCAGGAGAACUUUUCAUCUAUGCCUCCCCACUCCUCUGAGGAUGAGGAGAGAGACCGCGAGGGUCACGGCCACCUUGGUGAUCAUGGCGACAAUAUGACUAAUUCAGAGACUCUUUGCCAAAAAGAGGACAGUGAGAACGUUUCGAGUAUCUCGGAUUACUCGCAUAGAUAA